CCUUUCACGUGGUAAUUCGGCUUUAACUUUCGGUGAGGGCAAAACAUUGCUUGGGUUCACGUGAAAGUUGACGUCCUUUGACAUCCUAACAAUUGUACAUUGUGAAACAUAAUAUCAUUGAAUUUAAUUGGAAUACGUUAGGUUAAGCUUUUUUGUUGCGCUGUUGGCUGUCAAAACCGUGCAGGUGGUCGCAAAAAAGUAACUUUUCACCGUACGUUGCAGGUGUGCAGGAGUCAUGGCGGAGGCCGGUGCUCAUCUGACCUCUGGCGCUGCGCGUGAGGGGCCAUCCAUCUUUGAGAUUUUAGCUCAGGAGUCUUUGAUGGAGGCGGUAAAACCAGCGCUGAGACACGCCGUCAAGGUUCUGGCAGAGUCCAGGCCGUCCUGCUUUGGUGUCCUGUGGCGGCGCUUUGACGAGUUCUACCUCCUGCUGGACGUCCUCCUGCAGCAACACUUCCUCACCCACUGCAGCGCCUCCUUCUCCGAGAACUUCUACGGUCUGAAAAGGGUGUCAGGGGGGCGGGGCCUGCACAGGAAUGCCCGCCGGCGCUCGCUUCUUCUCUUGUGCCUCGUGCCGUACUUGCGGGCCAAGCUGGAGGCCACCUUUGCCCGUCAAAGGGAAGAGGAGGACUUCUCCAUACGGCUGGCGCAGAGCAGGAGUCAGAGGCUGUACCGGGCGGCCGUGGCGGCCUACCCGUACGUCAGCUCAGCCUGGCGGGCCUGGAUCUUCUGUCAGGAGCUGCUCUUUGUUUUCGGCGCCGUCCGCACCCACAGUCCACUGCUGUGGCUGGCGAGGGUCCGACUUGCUCGACUCACCCGACGAGAUAUCGCGGACAUGGAGCUGAAUGCAAGCAAAAGGGUCUUCCCGGCCGGAGACAGUGCGCUCCAGAGAAUGUGGCACCUGAUGUCAGAAGCGGCGAGGGGGGCGGCCGUCGCCCUGUCCACGUCCCUCUCCCUGGGAGUCUUCUUUUUGCAGUUCCUGGAGUGGUGGUAUACAUCCGACAACCAGGCCGCCGUAAAGAACCUCACGUCCCUCCCUAUCCCCCCGCCUCCCCUCCACCUGCACACAGCCGAGCCCGCGGAGGAAGGUUGGCCCGACGCAGCGGCCGACAGGACGCGCUGUCCCCUCUGCCGGAGGCUUCGGGUGAACGCCACGGUGCUGUCCACGUCGGGCUUCGUCUUCUGUUACCGCUGCAUCUACACGUACGUGAAAGCCAACCGCCACUGUCCGCUCACCGGCUACCCGACGGAACUCCAGCACCUCAUCAAGAUCUACUCGCCAGACACUUGAAAGCGACUUCAGCUGAUUUUGAAGCUCCAGUGCAGACUGCAGCCAAAGUAGCCUUCGCCGUCACUGCCAAUGAAAUGACUUUCGUCCAGUGACAGGAUUCAACAUCAUGAAAGUGUGAAAUUGAGAUUGUAAAAAUGCUUCGAAUAUUUUGAAGGAAAUAUGACAUGAAAUUAACAUUUCCAAACAAUCACUUUUGAAUGACUUGGAUGGGUUACCACAGAAACAUGAGACACCGCCGUGCUGUGGACUGUACUUUUCCAACUAAUCAUUUAACUUUGUAUCAAAUGUUAAUUGUUGUGGAUCUACUUGAU